GUUGUGUGUAAAUCUUGUAAAUCACUAUUAUAAAUUUAAAAUAAGUAUAAAUAAGUAGUAACUUAUAGGUAGUUGUAAACGUCAAUAUUACAAACUAUCAAAAUAUACCAAGGAGACUAUUGUCUAUUAUACCGCGGAGGGCGAAACGACUCAACGAACAAACAAUAAUAAUAUCAGUGUUUUGAAGAAGUAGUAUACAUUGUACUGUCAUUGAUUGUAAGAGCUCUAUACUACAUGACUGAAGAUUUAAGUUUCACUCUAAGGCCUUCAUCUGGCCCAUUUAAGAGUCCUAAAGAAAUAGUACAAUUUUAUAACGAUUUUGACGGAUGGCAAGAAGUUUUGCCUAAGACAGAUAACACCUAUUCGCCUGGAUCUAAAUACUACAAAUAUGAAGUAUCUCCCGGCAUACCUCUCAUACCAAAUAUGUCAAGAUUACCCCUUAAGUCUUAUGAGAAAACUCCUCUGAAACAAGAUUUUUCUGAAGAUCAAUCAUCUCAUAUCUUUAAUUCUAGUCAUAUAAAAAAAAAAUUAUUUACAUCUACAACUUAUAAACAUUAUAAAGUAACAAAUCACAACGAAACAGAAAUAGAAAUCGAAGAAACCUCAAUUACCAAUAAAAGAAAAGCUGUAACACUUAUAAAACACGUGUCACAUUCAGUUCAAAUAUUUAUUAAAUUCAUAAUUUCAUAUUUUAUUUAUAUUUCUACAUUAUCUGAAAUACACGAGUCUGUAAUGGAGAUUGGAUCCAACAUAAUUAAUACCACUAUUCGGAAGUUAACAAAUUGGGUGCAUUUGGCCACUAUUACUAUGGUGCACUAUGAUUUGAUCAUCAUCACAACUAUACGAAAAAUAAUUGGAGAUUAUUUUGGACAUACCAGAAUAAACAACCUAAUGAUGUCUAUCUUAAUUUCAGCAUUGAUAAUAUUUUUAACUGUUGGUGUUUUAAAUUACAUGACACCUUUAGAAAUUCCAGUAUGGCGAGAUUCUUGGACACAUUUCCUUCUAUCACCGUUUAUUAGUAUACUCAAUUUGAUUACAUCAAUUUUUCAAGUGUUCUCUUCUACUUUCCAUUUUGUAUUGGAUUUAGUAAUAAUGGUGUUUGCUUCAACAAUGGUUGCAUUACAAUUAUUUGGGCAAUUAUUUUUUAAUGUUUUUCGUAAUAUUAAUACUGUUGUGGACUCUGCCUCUCAAAUCCAUACUAUUCCUGUUGAACAAAAUCAAGGAUUUUUAGCAUUUGAUUAUAAUCUGUUAGCUAGAAAAAUUAUAGCUUCUGAAGAAUUUCAACAUGUACUUAUUAAUCAAUUAAAUAUUUCACAGUCAAAUUUAGUAAAAUUACAUGAUCAAGAAUUUCAACAAAUAUUAAAAAACCAAUUAGAAAAACUGAACUCUGAGAACUUAAAUUGGAUUAAUAAUCAAUUAAACAACCAAAAAAUUACACUAAAUAAUGUUAAGAAAGAAGUUACUGGUCAAGAAAAAGAAACAAUUCAAUUAAUGGAAAAAAAAAUUUCAGAACUACAAAAUAUUGUAUCAAACUUAAUUAAUAGCUUUGAGGAUUACAAAUCUAAACCAGCCAUAUUAAAAACAAAUACUGAAUCUGUAUCAAAAGAAUCUUGUUCUAAAAAUGAUUGGAAUUCAAUUGUCAAUUAUAUUGAGCAGUAUGUCAACAUAACAAUGAAAUCUACAUUAAGUGUUUAUGAUGCUGAUAAAACAGGAAUGGUUGAUUACGCUCUAGAAUCUGCUGGUGCUACAGUGCUAGGGACUCGUUGUACUCAAACUAAGCCCUCGACUGCAGCAUUAACAAUGUUUGGGAUACCUUUAUGGUUUAUAUCAAAUGGCCCGAGACUGGCUAUUCAGCCUGGUGUUAACCCUGGUCAAUGUUGGGCAUUCAUUGGUGCUAAGGGUUUUUUGGUGUUGAAGUUGUCAAAAACUAUACAUGUAACUGGUUUUACUAUAGAACAUUUACCAAAAUCACUUUCAGAAGAUGGUCAUAUUAGAUCUGCCCCAAAAGAUUUCAGUGUUUGGGGAUUAAAACAUGAAUCGGAUUCGAAUGGUAAACUGUUGGGUAAAUAUCAGUUUACUGUCGAUGGGCCUAGCUUACAAUAUUUUGCUGCUGAGGCGACAGAUAAUAUUUACCCCAUUGUAGAACUAAGAAUAGAAUCAAAUCACGGACAUAAUGAGUAUACAUGUUUAUAUCGUAUCAGGGUUCACGGAGAGCUGGCUGUUUAAUGGUACUUAAUGGAUGUAGUCAAGAGGUUUAUUUAUAAGUACAAAGUUAACGAAUGUUUAUACUUUACUUAAUUGGUUACCACUAGCCUUCAGUUAAAACAAAAAUAAAAAAUAAUUAUAUUAUUUUUUUUUAUCACCAAAGAUUGAAAGUUAAUUUUUAAUUUAUUUUCACGCCACUGCAAUUAAAAGCUUUUGUGUUAAAUAUAAUAAAUGUUUGAAUUAUUUGUAUCUUAUUUUACGUUUAAAUAAUGAUUUUUUUUCUUUUUAAUUUUGUAUUUACAUUUUUUGAUUUUUAUGUUCAUGAUUAUAAAGCCAUACAAUUUUAUAUUUUUGCAUGAAUUAAUUGUAUAAAGUUAAAAUUAAUAUAUUUCUUAUGUUUAAAUGUGUACAAUUUAAAUCACUAUUGUAGUGUUGUGUGUUAUGAAUUAUGAUCAUAUUUUAUUUUAAAUUUUAAAUCUAUUGUUAAAUGUAAGAAAAACAGAAUAUUGAUUAUUUUUAUUAUAAUUAAAAAAAAUUAUGUAAAUCAAUUAGCACAUUGUAAAGUCAAGUUAUAAUAAUUAUAAGAUUUAAAAAAAAAAAAAAGAUUUUAGUAUAAAUUUGUUUAGAUCAAUUAAAUAAUUAUGAGUACCUUAUAAUAAUGUUAACAAUAUAUAAUCUCUACUUAAAAAAUUCAUAACAUUUACUGGAAAUAAUGUUAUGUCUAAGUUUUAAUCGAAUAAUUUGUUGUUGUUAGAUAUAAUAGAGUUUAAACUUUUCAAUUUGAAUGUUGAAUGAUCAUAAACUUGUGUUAAAUGACUAAAGAAUAUUUAGUUGUUUCUAUCUAUUUAACGAUCACAAUAUCAAAUUCUCAUUUUGUACGUAGCCAAAUUGUUCAAAUAACAAAUUAAGCAAGCUCUGAAAAAAUAAAUAAUAAUUGAGAAUCACAA